AUAAAAACUGAAAAAUAAGUUUGAACUUUCCCAAGUCCACAAUAUCACAUAACUUUCACAUAAUUCUACUUAUGGUUCGGUUCAUGGAAAAAAAAAACACAUAACAAAUAAAAUAUUGGGUAUUUCUUCUUCCGAUCCUAGGCUUUGAAAUAACUAACUUUGAAUGGGGAGCAAAAUUGAAAGAAGGGCCUUUGUGCAUUUUCCAGAGAGAGAGAGAGAGAGAAUGUGUGUCACUAGACGCAUAAGAGAGACCCCCACCAAUGGUCCAAUUCCCAUCUCUAUAAAUUAAAAUCUUUUCUUGCAUGCCCAACACUCACUUUGCUCUCUCUUCUCUCCUCUCUCUCUCUCUCUCUCUCUCUCUCUCUCUCCUCAGCACAGGGAAAAGAAACACACCAAGGGGCAAAGGAAGGAAAAAAUAUGGUUGCAGAAGAGAAGUCCCGAAAGUACCCGACAAUGCCAGAGGUCCUGGAGGAGCUGAAGCAAAUGGCUGACAUCGGCUUCCCUGUCAUGGCAAUGGGCUUAGUGGGCUAUCUCAAGAACAUGAUCUCCGUGAUUUGCAUGGGCAGACUCGGCACUCUCCACCUCGCCGCCGGCUCCUUAGCCAUCGGCUUCACCAACAUCACCGGCUACUCCGUUCUCUCCGGCCUCGCCAUGGGCAUGGAGCCACUCUGCAGCCAGGCCUUCGGCUCCCACAAUUCCUCUAUUGCCUUUCUGACUCUGCAAAGAACGGUUCUCAUUUUGCUCUUUGCUUCUCUCCCCAUUGGCUUUCUUUGGCUCAAUUUGGAGCCUCUGAUGUUGGCCCUCCACCAGAACCCCGAAAUCACCAGAAUCGCCGCCAUGUAUUGCCGUUUCGCUGUCCCUGAUUUGAUCUUGAACAGCCUACUUCACCCUCUCCGUAUUUACCUAAGAAACAAAGGUACCACGUGGCUUGUCAUGUGGUGCAAUUUGUUGGCUAUUCUCCUACAUGUCCCCAUCGCCAUUUUCUUGACUUUCCCUCUUGAUCUCGGCAUCCGUGGGAUUGCAAUCUCCAACUUUAUAGCUAAUUUCAGCACCCUUUUCUUCCUUCUACUCUAUUUGAUAUUCUGCACUCGUAGUACCUCCUCCAAGGAGGCUAAUUUGUUUGUGCCACUGAAAAGCAGCACAGCCACUGCCAACACCGCCGCCGCCACGGUGGGGGAGGAAUGGGGAAUGCUGAUCAAGCUCGCCAUUCCCAGCUGUCUCGGAGUUUGCUUGGAAUGGUGGUGGUAUGAGUUCAUGACCAUCCUCACUGGCUACCUCCAUAACCCGCAGGUUGCACUCGCGACUUCAGGCAUUGUCAUCCAAACAACUUCGCUAAUGUACACAUUGCCGACGGCCCUCAGCGCCGCCGUCUCGACCAGAGUCGGCCACGAGCUCGGCGCCGGCCGUCCCAGAAAGGCCCGACUCGCGACGGUAGUGGCAAUCGGAUUGGCCUUGGUGGGUUCAUUAAUGGGCCUCUCACUGACCACCAUCGGCAGAAGGACAUGGGGAAGAAUCUUCACAAAAGACGAGGAAAUUCUAGAGCUGACAGUGGCGGUCCUUCCCAUAAUCGGACUCUGCGAGCUGGCAAAUUGCCCACAAACAACAAGCUGCGGGAUUCUAAGAGGAAGUGCGAGGCCGGGGACCGGCGCCGGAAUAAACUUCUGUUCAUUUUACUUGGUGGGUGCGCCGGUGGCCGUCGUGUCGGCGUUUGUUUGGAAAUUUGGGUUUGUGGGUCUUUGCUAUGGGCUAUUGGCAGCUCAGAUGGCAUGUGUGGUCUCAAUCUUAAUAGUGGUGUUCAAUACAGAUUGGGAAAUGGAGUCAAUCAAAGCCAAGGACUUGGUAGGAAAAGGCAGCGAUCAUGUCUUCGCACAUGCAAUCCACACAGCCAUACGUGAGGAAGGUCCUGAAUUUCUCAAAGAAUCACCUGUUCAAAAAUAAGAGAAGAAAAAUAAAGACACACAAAAUUAGAUAAGAUAUAUAAGAGUAUAAUUAGGAUUUCUUAGGAAGAAGAUAUACUAUAUAUUAUAAUUAUCUCCAUUUUUCUUCAAAGCCUAUUAUUUUGUAUGAUUUUAGGUAAAAAUUGGGAUUAACUGAAAUUGGGAUCUUUUGUAAUAUAUUUAGAUAGGGACUUUUUUUCUUUUUUCUUUUUUCUUUUUUUCUGUGGGGAGGGGGGAAUAUUGAACUUGGUGUCAUUUCAAUGGAUGAAAUUUCCCUUUCGAAUGAUAGAAAAUUAUAACGAAAAAAA